AUGCCAGAAACCAAAUGGAACUCUAAUUUAACAGCUGAACAACUGGUAUGUUUUAAAAACAAAGGCACAGAAGCACCAAACACUGGGAAAUUUUUACACAAUAAAGAAACUGGCAUAUAUACAUGUGCAAACUGUAACUCGCCAUUAUAUAAAAGUCAAGCAAAAUUUGAUUCAGGAUGUGGAUGGCCUGCAUUUUACCAAGAAAUUUCACCAAACGCUUUGACUUAUCAUACUGAUAUUAGCCAUGGAAUGAAAAGAACUGAAAUCUGCUGUUCAAAAUGUAAUGGCCAUCUUGGCCAUGUAUUUGAAGGCGAAGGUUUUGACAAGAUGUUAGGUCUACCCACUGACAUGAGACAUUGUGUUAACAGUGCUUCAUUAAAUUUUAAAAAAGAAUAA